AAAAAGAGAGGGGAGGAAAUAAGCCGUCGUGAUCGGCGGACGAGUCUGCGUCCGCGUCACCGUUAUCACCCUCUCUUAUCUCGUCGCGAUUCUCUACGCAAUCAAUCCAAAAAAAAAUUAAGAAAAAACAUUCUCCAUUUAUUAUUAUUUUUUUAAAUUUUCAUCCCUCUUUGAUUUCUUCUCUGUUUCCAAAGUAAACACGUUUCUUCUUGCUUCUCUGAUUCUGGACCUACCGCUCAGUUGAAAACAUUAAUCAUCUCCAAUGGAUCACAUAAGUAACGAGGCCAAUGUCGAUCCCUUUUCAAUCGGACCUACAUCCCUCAUCGGCCGCACCAUCGCCUUCAGAGUCCUCUUCUGCAAAUCAAUGCUCCAGCUCAGACGCGACCUCUUCCGCUUCUUGCUUCAUUGGUUCCUUACACUUAAGCCUUCCGUCUCACCCUUUGUAUCCUGGUUCCACCCCCGGAACCCUCAAGGGAUCUUAGCGGUCGUCACAAUCAUCGCCUUCGUGUUGAAGCGUUACACCAACGUGAAGAAGAAGGCGGAGAUGGUUUACUGGAGGAACUUCUGGAGGAACACGAUGCGCGCGGCUUUGACUUACGAGGAAUGGGCUCACGCCGCUAAGAUGCUGGAGAAGGAGACGCCGAAGAUGAACGAAUCUGAUCUCUACGACGAAGAGUUGGUUAAAAACAAGCUUCGGGAGCUUUGUCAUCGUCGCCGAGAAGGUUGUCUUAGAGACAUCAUGUUCUGUAUGAGAGCUGAUCUUGUCAGGAACCUCGGUAACAUGUGUAACUCGGAGUUACAUCAAGGGAGGCUUCAGGUUCCGAGGCUUAUUAAAGAGUAUAUCAACGAGGUCUCUACUCAGUUGAGAAUGGUUUGCUCCUCUGAGUCAUUAGAGGAGCUUUCUUUAGAAGAGAAGCUUUCUUUCAUGCACGAGACACGUCACGCCUUUGGUAGAACGGCUUUGCUUCUCAGCGGUGGGGCUUCUCUAGGCGCGUUUCAUGUCGGUGUGGUUAGGACUCUGGUGGAGCAUAAGCUCUUACCUCGGAUUAUUGCUGGCUCUAGCGUUGGUUCCAUAAUCUGUUCAAUCGUAGCCACGAGGUCUUGGCCCGAGCUACAGAGUUUCUUUGAGAACUCAUUGCACUCACUACAGUUCUUUGAUCAGCUAGGAAGCGUUUUCACGAUCGUUAAAAGAGUCAUGACGCAAGGCGCGUUACACGAUAUAAGACAGUUGCAAUGCAUGCUUAGGAACCUCACGUUCAAUCUCACGUUCCAAGAGGCUUAUGAUAUAACAGGGAGGAUCCUAGCGAUAACGGUUUGCUCCCCAAGGAAGCAUGAGCCGCCUCGGUGUCUUAACUACUUGACUUCGCCUCAUGUGGUUAUAUGGAGUGCGGUUACUGCUUCUUGUGCUUUUCCUGGUCUCUUUGAAGCUCAGGAGCUUAUGGCUAAAGAUAGAAGUGGAGAGAUUGUGCCGUAUCAUCCACCUUUUAAUUUGGAUCCUGAAGAAGGUACUGAACCAUAUGCACGCAGGUGGAGAGAUGGGAGUUUGGAGGUUGAUUUGCCGAUGAUGCAGCUUAAGGAGCUCUUCAAUGUUAAUCAUUUUAUUGUGAGCCAAGCUAAUCCUCACAUUGUUCCGUUACUGCGUAUUAAGGAUAUAGUUCGAGCUUAUGGUGGUAGAUUCGCAGCAAAGCUUGCGCAUCUAGUGGAGAUGGAGGUUAAACAUAGAUGCAACCAAGUACUAGAACUUGGCUUUCCACUCGGUGGACUCGCAAAGCUUUUUGCUCAGGAGUGGGAAGGUGAUGUAACAGUUGUAAUGCCUGCCACUCUUGCUCAGUACUCAAAGAUUAUACAAAACCCUACUCAUGUGGAGCUUCAAAAAGCGGCUAACCAAGGAAGGAGAUGCACUUGGGAGAAGCUAUCAGCCAUAAAAGCAAACUGUGGGAUCGAGCUUGCGCUUGAUGAGUGUGUAACUAAUCUUAACCAUAUGCGUAGGCUCAACAGAAGCGCUGAGAGAGCCGCUGCUGCUGCUGGCACGUCCUCCUCGUCUCAUCACGGAUUAGCUUCAACCACAAGAUUCAAUGGUUCUAGAAGAAUCCCAUCUUGGAACGUAAUUGCCAGAGAGAACUCAACGGGUUCACUCGAUGAACUAGUCGCUGAGAGUAAUCUCCACGCGUCUUCGGGCUGGAACUUGAGCGAUAGUGAAACUGAGAGCGUGGAGUUGAGUUCUUGGACAAGGACUGGUGGACCUUUGAUGAGAACAGCUUCUGCUAAUAAGUUCAUUGACUUCGUUCAGAGUCUUGAUGUAGACAUUGCACUAAGCAGAGGAUUUAGUAGCAGCCCCACUUCUCCGGCGGUUCCUGGCCCAUUUAGCCCAAGCUUUAGUCCAGAUUCAAGAUCCAUGGACAACAAUAACAACAUGCUUGGAGCAAACACUUCAAGCAUAAUAGUUACUGAAGGUGAUCUUCUACAGACUGAGAGGACGAGUAACGGUUUUGUGUUGAACGUUGUUAGAAGAGAGGACUUGGGAAUGUCUAUUGAGAAUAAGAACACUGAGCUGCCAGAGAGUGUACAGCUCGAUAUACCUGACAAGGAGAUGGAUGAUAGCUCUGUAUCAGAACAUGAAGUAGACCAAGAAGAUGAUGAUGAUGAAGAACAUGGCGGCUCGGAUCCGGUUAACGUUUCUUGAGAAGAUUCAGGUUUACAAGAACCGAUGACUGGUAGUGUUAUAGAUGCUUAGACUGAUUGAUUGGAGUGAAAUUCUUGUUCAACAAAGAGUUUGAAAAUGUUUGUGAUUUGUAAAUAGUAUAAGCCAUAAUGUGCAUGUUGUGUAUGUAUGUAUGUUUGCAUUGAUUAUUGUUUGAAAUUUGAAUUAUUCAUUCGCAGAAUUAAAAUAUUCUACUUAUUUACGUUUUCUAUUAGGCUUAUUUGUGGAAUAACCAUAAAAAAAGGGAAAAUUAGAUUCCUAAUGAGAAAUGAUAGAGAGAGAUAGGAAGAGAAAAGAGGAGAGAGGGUGGGGUUGUGUUUAUUUAGUGAAUUCUAAUAUUUUUGUUGUUCAUUUGUCCUAAUUUCCCUUUCUAUUAUUAGAGAUUAUUGAAAUGUGGCUGUUUCAAGAAAAAACAUAUAUUAUCUUGCAUCAAAUUUCUGUGAAUGUGGUCUUGUUUUGUUCCUAUUGGUGGUAGAGCUUGAAACUAAUUUCAAUGGAAGCAGAAUAUAAAUAAUAAUAUAUUAUGAUUAUUAAAAAUUAGCUUGGAUAACAAAUAUUUUGGAACUGUAAUAUUUAAAAGAAGUUUAUGAUAUAUUUUAUUAGUACAUCACGUCUCUGUUGUGGGUGCACUCUUUUUUUUUUUUUCUUCUUCUUUGUUUGAAUGAUCUUCUUGCCAACCUCGCAAGAUUUGGGAUUGUGCUUACAAUAAUCUCCAACAAGAAUGGGACAAAGACAAACCAAGAAAACACAAACAUGUGUGAACGCAUAGUAAAAGAACCUCAAAAAGAGAAGUGAAAAGUCUUCUUUUCACAUUUUAAAACUUCAGUUUCUGCAGUAACCCCUUCGUGAAGGAAGGUAUAAAGAUAUAAACGAAUAAAUUGGAAAGUCAGAUAAAAAUAACUAAAAGAAGAAUAUUUCAUCUGCCACUGGCACAAUUAAUCACAGCUUAUAUAAGGAGAAGUAUCUCACAAAAAUGUUUUAUCUUGUAACCAAACCAAGAAUCAUAUUCCCGAAUACACAAUCCCCUUUUGUGCUAACUGAAAGAGCAAACACAAAGAGAAAAGCUUCUUCUGUAAGAAAAGAUGCAGAAAGACAUGGGAAUCACAGAGGAUCAACAUCUUCCACAAGUCAGGAUAUCCAGCUGCACAAAAAGUCUCUGAGAAACCAGGACAAGACGAGAAGAAGCCAAGGAUUUUCGAGACAAAGCAGAAAGGAGACAGAGGCUUCAUCGAAGGAUGGUAAAAGGCUAAAAGCUAGAAGUAGCAAACAAGAUCAUUUGUUUUUUCUUUAAGAAAACCAAAACUACAUAAUAUCAGUUUAAAGGGUUUCUUGUAGCUAAUAGCACAUAUCAUAAUUCAUAACUGCAUGGAAAAUUUCAAGAACUCAACUAAAGAAUACAUUUAGUAAGUACUAUGUUUCUGUUUCACCCUUGCGUAUGUUUUUUUCCCUUUUUUUGCUUCCUCCUAUGCAGUCUCGCUGCACUAUGCUGCUGCUGGAUUUGUGAAAUGUGUUUCUAAGGUAAAGAAGAAGAACACUACAGUGUGUCGAGCUUCCUUGUGUAUCUAUUAGUGUGAGAGAUUGCAGGACUAUAUAGUAGACCAAUCUAAAACUUCCUAUACUAUGUGUGUGAUGUUUGUAUGUAUUGUAAGAUUACAGGACUAUAUAGUAGCUUAAUCUGAAACUUCAUGUACUGUAUGUGGUGUUUGUAGUUGUAUGUAUUGAAAGAUGAUUAUUAUACUAAUAAUGUAAAGGUGGCAUAUUUUCUGAGU